CUGCGCGCGCGGUUGACGUGUUCGGUGGCUGCUGCGGCGGCGGCGGGGCUGGGAGGGGAAGGGCGGGCGGGGCGGGGGGCUGAACCCGGAAGUGGGUCGGCGCCGGGGCGAGCGCGCCCGGAGUGGAGCUCGGCGGCCGGGAUCCAGCGGGGAGCCCUCGGUUCCCGACCAUGCACCCCUCGGGCACGCCCCUCCAGAAGCCGUUAUCUAAGACAAUCUAGUUUUCCUUUGUAAAUCCCUCAAGACACUUAUGAAGUUUCUUGUUCUGAAAUUGCUGUACUGCAAUGAAGAAAAGGAGAAAGGUUACUUCACAUCUUGAGAAGAUCCAUCUAGGCUAUCAUAAAGAUUCUUCAGAUGGAAAUGUGGCAGCGGAGUGUGAGCAAAUAACCUGUACUCAUUCCACAGAAAGACCAGCUCCUGACACUCUUCGCUGUUAUCAGGAACUUCCUCCCUCUCCGGAUCAGAGAACACUUUUGAGUUCUUUGCAGUACAAUAAGAAUUUGCUGAAGUAUUUAAAUGACGAUAGGCAGAAGCAGCCGUCUUUCUGCGACUUGCUUAUCAUAGUAGAAGGAAAAGAAUUUAGUGCCCAUAAAGUUGUUGUUGCUGUUGGCAGUAGUUAUUUUCAUGCGUGUUUGAGCAAAAAUCCAAGCGCUGAUGUUGUCACCCUGGAUCAUGUAACACACUCAGUUUUUCAGCAUUUGCUUGAAUUUCUUUACACAUCAGAAUUUUUUGUGUACAAAUAUGAAAUCCCUCUUGUUUUAGAGGCUGCAAAAUUUCUGGAUAUUAUAGAUGCAGUUAAGCUGCUGAAUAAUGAAAAUGUUGCCACUUUUCAGUCUGAGCUAACUGAAAAGUCAUCACCGGAAGAAACACUCAGUGAAUUAACUGGAAGACUAUCAAAUAAUCAUCAGUGUAAAUUCUGUAGUAGACAUUUUUGUUACAAGAAGUCUUUAGAGAAUCAUUUGGCGAAAACCCAUAGGUCCCUUUUAUUAGGGAAAAAACAUGGGUUAAAAAUGCUGGAAAGAGGUUUUUCUGCAAGAAGACCAAAACGGAAUCGGAAGUGCCCUGUUAAGUUUGACGACACCAGUGAUGAUGAACAGGAAAGUGGUGAUGGGUCCGACAAUUUGAAUCAAGACCAUUUUGAUAAGGAAAAGUCAGAUAGAAAUGAUUCUGAGGAUCCUGGAAGUGAAUAUAAUGCUGAAGAAGAUGAGCUAGAAGAGGAGAUGUCAGAUGAAUACUCUGACAUUGAAGAACAGAGUGAAAAAGAUCAGAAUGAUGCCGAAGAGGAGCCUGAAGCUGGUGAUUCUGUAGGGAGCAUUCAUGAGGGGUUAACCCCUGUAGUCAUUCAGAACAGUAACAAAAAAAUUUUGCAGUGCCCCAAAUGUGAUAAGACAUUUGACCGCAUAGGGAAAUAUGAGAGCCACACGCGUGUCCACACAGGUGAGAAGCCCUUUGAGUGUGAUAUUUGUCACCAGCGCUAUUCGACAAAGUCUAACCUAACUGUUCACAGAAAGAAGCACAGUAAUGAAACAGAAUUUCAUAAGAAGGAGCACAAGUGCCCUUAUUGUAAUAAACUUCAUGCAAGCAAGAAGACUUUAGCCAAGCAUGUUAAGAGAUUUCAUCCAGAAAAUGCACAAGAAUUUAUUUCCAUUAAGAAGACUAAGAGUGAAAGUUGGAAAUGUGAUAUUUGUAAGAAAUCUUUCACUCGAAGACCGCACUUGGAGGAACACAUGAUUCUGCAUUCUCAAGAUAAACCUUUUAAGUGUACCUAUUGUGAAGAGCAUUUCAAAUCACGAUUUGCACGAUUAAAGCAUCAGGAAAAGUUCCAUCUGGGUCCUUUUCCAUGUGAUAUAUGUGGUCGCCAGUUUAAUGACACUGGAAAUUUGAAACGCCAUAUAGAGUGUACCCAUGGUGGAAAGAGAAAAUGGACUUGCUUUAUCUGUGGAAAAUCAGUACGAGAAAGAACUACUUUGAAAGAACAUUUGAGAAUCCACAGUGGAGAAAAGCCUCAUCUUUGUAGUAUUUGUGGGCAAAGUUUUCGUCAUGGAAGCUCAUACAGACUUCACUUACGAGUACAUCAUGACGAUAAAAGAUAUGAGUGUGACGAAUGCGGGAAAACGUUCAUUCGCCACGAUCACCUUACAAAGCACAAGAAAAUACAUUCAGGUGAGAAGGCCCAUCAGUGUGAAGAAUGUGGCAAGUGCUUUGGCCGUAGGGACCACCUCACUGUUCAUUACAAGAGCGUGCACCUUGGGGAGAAGGUGUGGCAAAAAUAUAAAGCAACCUUUCAUCAAUGUGAUGUUUGUAAGAAAAUUUUUAAAGGCAAAUCAAGUCUGGAAAUGCAUUUUCGGACGCAUUCAGGUGAAAAACCAUACAAGUGUCAGAUUUGCAACCAAUCUUUCCGAAUCAAGAAAACUUUAACAAAACACCUGGUGAUUCAUUCCGACGCGCGGCCUUUCAACUGUCCACACUGCAAUGCCACGUUUAAGCGGAAAGACAAGCUGAAGUACCACAUCGACCACGUGCAUGGCAUAAAGUCUCCUGACGAUCCUCUCAGCGCUUCCGAGGAAAAACUCGUAUCCUUGCCGGUGGAGUACUCAUCCGAUGAUAAAAUUUUUCAAACCGAAACAAAGCAGUACAUGGACCCGCCCAAAGCUUACCAGUCGGAAGCCAAGACCAUGUUCCAGAACGUGUCGGCGGAGGUUUGUGUCCCCGUGACCCUGGUGCCCGUGCAGAGGCCCGACUCGCAGAGCGACCUGGUGCGCCACACCACCACCCUCCCGCCCCCUGCCCACGAGAUCUUGUCGCCGCAGCCACCCUCCGCCGAUUACCCGCGAGCAGCCGACUUGGCGUUUCUGGAGAAAUACACUCUUACUCCGCAGCCCGCAAACAUAGUUCAUCCAGUGCGCCCCGAACAAAUGCUGGAUCCUAGAGAACAGUCUUAUCUCGGAACGUUAUUGGGCCUGGAUAACGCCCCUGCUGUACAAAAUAUUUCUAACAGCGAGCAUCACUCAUGAGUAAAUCGAAACAUUCCACAGACCGUGUCGAGGGCUACGCAGCAAGUGUAGCCUAGAGCUGGCGGCUUUCGAAUCAGUGGGGCUGCUAUUUUUUCAUUUUCUCUGGUUUCUCAAGUCCUCAGAACCAUGUCAAAUCAAGAAAAAUACGUAUCUCUGUUUACCGAACAUGAAUAUUUGGAUGCAUUUUGAGGUAUACUAUUUGAAAUGGACAUUUUUGUGAUUUUUAAAGAUUAUUUAGUGCUAAUUUUUAAUGAGUUCGCUAACUUCCCAAAACUAUUAGCUGUUGACCUUAUGAGGGUAUUUGUUUUUAAAUCGUCAGUGGAAAUUUUUAUUCAUCUUUGGUCUCAUUCCUCUUUUUUCCCUUCCCUGUUUUCCAAACAAAUGUUAAGGACCAUGUAGCCUUUAAGAAAGAAUAUAAGAGUAUACUGAUAAUCGCAACUGUUCUUUAUUCUACGAUGCAUUGUUAUUUUUUUUUCCAGAUUUUUAAAAAUUUUAAAUUUCCAUAAAUUUAGGAAAUGGCAUUUAUGAGAAAGAUUUGAAUAGUUCUGUGUUCUGUUUUAAUUUGCUUAUAAUUUCGGCUUACACUCCUUUGGUUUUUUUGACAAACUCAAAGCCAAGAAAGCUAACCAACGAAAGAUUAGAAGUGAAAUGUAGAAUUGAGAUAAUGAUCCAGAUGUCUGGUUUUUGCCUAGGCUUCAAUUAUGAUGAAUAGGAAAUGCAAAUAUAGGUCUAGGCAUUAAUUGUACAUGUUGAAAACGUGUUCAAAGCAAGAUAUGAUGGUUUUAACUAGAUAAUCUUUCAAGGUAAGUUCACCUUUUGUAUUCUGCCAUUUAUUUCAGAAACAUCAACAAUAUGUCCCAGCAUAUAUCUUCAUUUUACUAUGGAAGGGGCAGUUAUAACUAAAUGAAAAUUAACACGCUACUUUUGGUCUCAUUUCCCUUGGCUAACUGAAACUCUGGGAAUCAGAACCUGGAGGGAGAUUUCAUAUAUCAUUGUUAGAAAAAGUGCCAAAUUAGAAAAUUCAUGUCUAAUUAAACUUAAUGUUUACUUUAAUUAAAGGGAACCACUACUUGUAUACAGAUUUACAUUAAUAUGUAAUCUAGUCCUUUAUUUUUGCUUUAUUCAUAAGCCUCAAGUCUGUAAUUAUCCUUGAUCUUUAUUUUUGUAUGAGACAAAAGUUGAGGACUUGGUGAAGGGAAAUAGCAGUUAGAGCAAAACCUCACUGAUUAAAAUUAAAUGAGAAAAAAGUCAGUCACAAUUGUAAAAUACCUUUAAAGAUGUGCACUUUCCAUAUCUUCAAGUCAAUUGAAACUUAAAACUAGGAGAAUGUUUCCUAGUAGAGCUGCUUGAAGGAUUAGAGAAUAGGCAGGGUUGAUUUAUUACUAGCAUGUCAUUUGUAUGUAAACUACUGGAAAAUAGCAGUUUUAAGAGUUUUCUAUUUCAGUUUUGUUUACACUCCUAAUUGCUUUAAGCACUUUUUUGUGUGUAAAGUCUGGCCCAGCCCUUGUGAAAAAAAAAAAAAAAAAUCACAAAUAAAAUAAUGAAGUUUUAGUGGAUAAAAUUUAACCACUUAAUAAUGUGGAAACUUGUUUGCUGAAGCACUUAAGAAAUGAAGGUACUUUACAGGAAUAUUCACCACUCUGGUGGAAGUGAAACAAAAGAAAAAAAUUGUUGAGAAUUAGGGCAGUUAACCAAAGGAGCUCAUAUAAAUAAUAAAACCAACCUGAAUUUUGCCUCAUUUAUCUAAGUUUGGUUGUAAUUAUCCUAGGACUAGUGGAUAUAAUUAAUGUAUUAAUUCUUUUUAAAGCAUUCUUACUUGUGUGUGGAAAUGUUAUGUCUGGGGUACUUACAUGAUAGAACUUGACUAUAUGAGGUACUAUUAGUCUUUCAAAUUGACUUUAAAAAUGUAUAUCUUUAUGAUUUUUAUCAUAAAGACCUACAAGACUUGUAACUAAAAAACUUAGUAUGAUGAAAAGAAAUCAUAUCUAAAAAUGUACCCUGCCUUGCAUAUAAACCAAUGUAGAAGUUUGGACUUAUAAAAAGGCAAAUGGUAUAUAUGUGUAUGUGUGUGGUAUAUUAUAUAUUUGGUAGCAGAAAAAGAAAGUGUUGCAUUUUCACAUUCAGAAGAAUACUUUGCUUUUUGAAGGUAUUGACUUUAGGGUUCUUUUAAUAAUAAUCUCCUAAUGCUUUAAAUAGAUGAUUUGAUUGUAGGAGUUGGUUUACAGUAUAGAACUUUUCUGAUAUACAUCUCUUUUAUAAAGUGAAACAUGAUUAUAUUUAGUUUUUACCGUAGAGAACUUAAACUUGAAUAGUAGUUUACUGUUUUAUAAAAUGCUUUCCCAGUUAUCUCAUUUAAACCUCAUAACCAGCUCUGAAAGGACAUGCCGUAUUCCCAUGUUAGAGAUAAAAGAAUCCAAGGUUAAGCCCACAUCAUUAGUAAGUGGCAGAGCUACUAAUAGGGGGGAAAAAUGGAUUAAGCAUUAAUGAAUGCUUACCAUGUGCUGGGCACUGCAUUUUCUCACGUAAUCUUAAAUAGUCUGGGAGGUAGGUAGUAUAAUUUUUAUGAAGAAAUAGUCUCAGUGAGUGAACAAACAGACAAAUCCACUGCCUCUAAUCUCCAAAUUAGAAUAUAAGAAAUUUUACAAUUGCGAAAACCUCAUGGAUUUGGGCAAACUGAAUGUAUAUGUUUUUGAAGUUGGCACAAAAAUGUAUGAAAUGAGGCCUGCUUUUUUCAGUUAACUUUUUGUCAUAUUUGAUUUGGAGUAUUUUGGACAAAUGUUCCAUUAACUCUAAAAUCCAUUAAUUCUAUAACUAUACUUAAAUUUUUGAAUCUUGCAACUAAGUUUAUUUUGUGAGCAUAAUUUAUUGUUUUAAAUUAAUUUUGUAGCUGAUAGCAGUUAGCACUUAAUAUGUACAUUGAAUAAUUUAUCAAAUGUAGAAAUUUGUUAACCUAAUCAGUUUUUACUUAAAUGCACCAAAGAUUUUUAGUAGGUAUUAAAAUAGUUUAAAAGAAUUUAAAUUCUUUGUUGUUUGAAUAAAUAUUUGUCCAAAGAAGCACAUUUGAAGUCCUAGGAUUAUGGGUUUUUUAAAAAAAAAAUUGUUAGUUUGGAUACUAAGGUUAAGUAUUAAGUGUUUGUGUUUAUAUGUAUAAAAAUAAGAACAGAAGAAAAUACUCUGGGAAUAGUCAUACUGACAAACCAGUUACUCAGUUUUCCUCAGUUUAAUUAAUUGAAUGUUAUCUUUUAAGUGGACACUAUUAAAUGCUAAAUAAUAAGCUUAUUUUUUACACUACACUAUUAAAAUAAUUUUGCCUUAGAAUUUUUUUUAAGACAAGUUGAAGAUUUUUUUAUGAGAAACCCCACCUAUUUUUUGCAGCCUAAAAUACCACUUAGGAUUAGAGUUUGUUCUUCAUGCCAGCAGGAUUUCACCAACAACUGUAAAGGCAGUGAUCUUUGAAUACCUUUAGGUAAUUUAGUCAUUCAUUGCUGGGAGAAGAGUAGCAAAAAUAGGGUUUUAAACUGGUGCUUUAUUAAGUGACUCCUUUAAAGUGAUGGUAGGUCAUGAAGUAGGUACACUAAUAAUUUUCCAUCAACUUAAAAGUGUCAAAACAUCUUUGCAGAGUAACUGUAAGCUGUAAGUUAAGGGCUAAUACGUAUUUCAGUGUCAUUCCUCGCUUUUUCACUCUAUAAUUACAAACAAAUUGAGAACACCAUUAACUCGUCUGUAUGUAAGUUUGCAUUCUCUUCCAAGCAGAUCACUCUGCUGUCUCAUUGGUGGAAGGUCAGACGUGGAGCAUCAGCCUUGACAGUGACAGUGUCCUUUUGUAUGUGCCCAUCUUCUCUGGGUUGAAGGCUUCGUGUCUUUUCAAUGCACAGUAGUUGCUUGGAGUUGACUCUGCUGGCUAGAUUGUGCUGGUUAAUAAAUAAUUGUGGUUGCUUUGUUGUUGGUAUGUAUUUGUCUUAUGUUUGUGUUGCCUGCUGGUCAGGCAACACUUCUUUUAGGUUGCUUUAUGUUUUUGUAGGAAAACUGGCACCAACUACUAGUGUGAAUUUUUUUUUUUUUUUUUUUUUUAAUCUCUACUAUUGUGGCCUUUCUGGUUACUGUGAAGCCACUCCUGGGCCUGUCUCCAGAUGCUCUUCAGAGGCAUCUGACAAGUAAAAUAAAAAGAGUGUGUCUGCCUCUCUGUCUCCUUCUCCUGUCCUCUCCACCUUUUCUUGUUAAUAAUCAGUUACCCAACCACCCAGCUCUACACUGAACAGCUUCUUUUUGCAGUUUGCCUAAAAGUGAACCAGAGGUGAUGGUGUGAGAUGAGUCUCUCGUUAGGAGCAGCAAACAACCCAAGCAACUUGAGACAACUUGAGUUGAUGGAACCCAGGAAGAAUUAGGGCUUUUAUAGUCGUAUUUGGAUUAUUCUGAGAUUCAGUGCCAAAUCUGAAAUGACUCAAAUGUAUUUUUUAAUGAAGAACAAGUAGCAUUUCUAAAACGUUGAAAAGUGUUAUAGUAAAUGUUACUUACUAUUAGAUCAAGUGAUGGAUAAUGUGAGAAUAGUUUUCUUAUAAUUUCUAGGAACCACAGACAGUUCCCUUUAGAUCCUCCCCUUGCUUUUGCACGUUCCUCUCCUGGUAACGUCUCUAGUGGGUUUGGGAGAGUAUUGUUCCCUCAUUUCUUCUCAGCUUCUUUCUGCUUCAAGGUACUUUUGUCCUGGAAUCGUUGCAUGCUUUCUGCUCUUCCUUUCUGGAAGUGGCUUUAAUGAGGUAGAAGGAACAGCACUGGGUCUCUUGGAGGAUGAGCGGAAGGUCUGGUAGGGAGAGCACCUGCGCUGCAUUUACUCUUCAUCUUCCAACUUGCUGUGCCCUGAUCCUGAGUCUAGGACUAUUGCAAAAUCCCAAACAAUUUAAAUUUAGCCUCUGCAGCCGUUUAUAUAAAGAGAAAAUAAGAAUUACAUCCAGAAAAUAGAGGUCAUCAAAGAUGAGUAUACUUCCUUUGUUCUGCUUUUUUCCAAAUUCUUAGGUUCAAGAAGUAAUUUUGGUGCUUGUAUUGCUUUGGGAGAUUCUAAACAUUUCUUGAAUGGAGAGCAUGUAGGCGUCUCGGUAUUUCACCUCUUUGCUUGGUAUUCCUGCUUGCGUUACAUACAGUUGGACAGUGAACUGUGGUGUAAAGACAAAAUUUUUAUUCCUCAACAAUCAAGACUUUUCUUAUCUGUGGAUAAGAAAUUACAGCUGUAUCACAGUUGAUGAGUGCAGCUGCCAGAAAGUGAGCAGAGGUGGGCGUUUGGCUGCUCCGUGUUCUGUAGGAAACGUUCUGGUUACGGGAUUUAUGCUGUACAUUAAAAUGGAAAUGCCUUUGAACUUAGUUUUCAGUCUCCAAUCUUAAGUUUUUGUUUUUAAUCAUUAAGGACUCUUUCAAAAACAAUUACAAAGAAAAAUCUAAACUAUCAAGACUCAUUAUUUUGUCAACUGUGUGUAAAGUAUCUUGUGAGUUUUAUAGAUCUUUUGACUGUCUCGUGUUUUCUCAGUACCAACGUCUUUAUGGAAAAAUUCAGUUCUCUGUGAAGACUAGGAAAUGUGUUGUAUAUUGAAUUAGUUCCUUGUGUUGUUUUGAUAUUUAAAAUAAAUAUAAAGUUCUUUGGUCCUAAUAAAGCA